AUGUCCAUUUUUGCCAAAAAAAAUGUAUCCAAGGCAGAGAAAAAUGAAUUUGUGCAGAGCUUCCUCCAAAAGCACCUUCCAGAGAAGAGACUGAGGCAAGGUGAAGACAUUACAUUACAGCAUGCACAUUUUAUGUUGGACAAUCCCAGAACCAGGAAGAGAAAAGAGGUGAAGUUGAAGAGAAAGACUCUUUCAGCCAAGGAGAGAAAGGAGUUGAAACUGUUUGAAAUUCAACCUGAACAUCAAAAGUAUGACAUGUACACACCACUACAUCAGCUUUGGAAGGAUUAUAUGAAAGAUGUGAUCAACUUUGACAAGAUCACUCCAGGUAACCAAUCACAGAUGGAGGAACUUUUGCUGCGGGCUGAUCUUCACGGUGCGGUUCUUACAGUGACAAAGUCCAAGUGUCCAUCUUACGUUGGGACAUCUGGCAUCCUCAUUCAGGAGACCAAAAACACUUUCAAGUUGAUCACAAAAGAUGAUAGACUUAAGACAAUUCCCAAACCAAAUUCGGUAUUCACUUUUGAGCUGGAAGGUUAUAUAAUUACAAUAUAUGGGAAUAACUUUCAAGUCCGUGCAAGUGAAAGAGCUCACAGGAAGUUCAAGACAAGACCAACUGUUGACUUAAUAUGAAUCUCAGUGUCUACCCGGUAGUCUGCACUUUGGGACCCCUUAGGUCACUCUGAAAACUACUGGCUAAUCAGAGUCCAUGUGAGCAGUGUUAAUUAGUCUGAAGAUGAAGUCUGUGGCCAAAGGAAAGUUAGUGUAAUCAGCCACUUGAAUUUGGAGACUACAACUGCAAUUUUUUUCCUAAAUUGAUGCUUAAUUUUUUUGUUAUCUUGGUCAGGUGGCUUAUUUUGCACACUAUAAGUCAACAGCAUGGUCUCCAUUCUAUUUGGGACAAAGUAGUUGACAUUGCGCUGCCUGAAACAUGAUGGUAUCUAAGCUGAAGCAACGAAGAAUUUGACUUAAGUGCAAGAUGACAAGCCUCCAAAAAUGUGCUUCUGGCUUUGUUUGUAGAGAAUUGGAAGUGUGCAACUUGGAUAAUACAUAGCAAUAAAAAUUGGAUAAUUAGGCUGUUUUUUAUACAUAUUUUGGGAAACUAAUAAGUAUUAGGGCAUUUCUUUUUUAAGUUGUGAAGGAGAUUAUUGAGUCAUUAUGUAACUUUGCCUGCAAAUGAACUUAUUUAUAUAUCCUGUUUAUUUUUUUGCUCAUUUAAAAUUAUCCAGAUGUACUUGUAUUUCUUGAAUAAGUCAACUGACAAGAGAUAUGUAUUUUUAGUUAGAUUUAUUGAAAAAUACUGUCUUUGACAUAAAAAGCAUAAAAUGUAUUUUAUUUAACAAGUAGUUCUUGAAAUAAGAAAAUUUUGACAGUUAACAAGCCACAACCAAAUAACCAGCAAGCUAAAUAUGGUUCUUAUGAUAUCUGUAGUACAGUCUGGCUGUUAGCAAGUUCAGAUGAUCUCUCUCUCUAUAUAUAUAAUAGCAAUUAUUGAAAACAAUUAUAAUUGUAUUAUAAUUAUAAUAAUUAUAGUACUGUUAUUAUAUCAAUAAAUUUAUACAACUUGCAAAUAGAAUUGAUUUUGAUAAUUGAGAAGAACUGGCAACGAUUAGAAAAAUAAUUUCUUUACGUCUUGCUGCUGUACAUAUAUGUAACAUAUUGGCCUUAAAGGCUGAGGUUAACGUAAGCAUGUGCAGGUAUUUUUAGCAGUGUACAUAUAAUGCCUGUGAUAAAUUACACAUAAUUUAAAUAAAAUCUGAAUUAAAAGAAGAGAAA